UUGUAUAGACGCUCCAGGUACAUGCAUAGUCUACAACUAUUGGCUGUUGCCUGACAUUUUCAAAUUGGACACAUUUCAUUGGUGAAAUCUACAAUCGCUUCUGUAAAAGCAUUGGCGUUCUCCUAUUCAUGUUCGGUUGUAGUUUUGUAUCUAAAACCGGUAAGAAACCAAGGUAACACGUUUUAAGCCACUAGCAAACCUUCUUUCUAGCUAGACAGCUAGUCUAGCAACCUCCUGGUCGCCGCGGGAGGAUAUUCUGUAAAUUACCACUUCAACUAUUGACUCUUGAUUCAUCCAGCUGACCAAAGAAAUGGUGAUGGAGAAGCCAAGUGCCCAGCUCGUCGGGCGGGAGUUUGUCCGACAGUAUUACACACUUCUUAACCAGGCUCCUGACUAUCUGCACAGGUUCUAUGGCAAGAACUCGUCCUAUGUGCAUGGAGGCGUAGACGGAAAUGGAAAACCAUUCGAGGCUGUGUACGGUCAGUCUGAGAUUCAUAAGAAGGUAUUGGCCCUAAGCUUCCGUGACUGCCACACCAAGAUCCGGCACGUGGAUGCCCACUCCACCCUGAACGAGGGUGUGGUGGUCCAGGUCAUGGGGGAGCUGUCCAACAACAGGCAGCCUAUGCGCAAGUUCAUGCAGACUUUUGUGCUUGCCCCUGAGGGAACUGUUGCAAACAAGUUCUACGUUCACAAUGAUGUGUUCCGCUAUCAAGAUGAGGUUUUUGGAGACUCGGACUCGGACGCUCCUGAAGAGUCCGAGGAUGAGGUUGAGGACAUAGAUGAAAGAGUACCAUCACCUGAUGUGGUUGAAGACCAGACCGAUGGUUUCUAUGAACAGACACCCUGCUCAGAGCCAGCUGUGCCAGUGGAGCAGGAAGAGGAGGAGGAAGCUGCUGUGACCCCAGAGCCUGAGUGUGAGAAGGAGCUGGAGGUGAAGGUGGCUGUGGAGGCAGAACAGGAGCUAAGCCUGGAGCCAGAGCCCCUCACAGAACCUGAGCUGGCUGAGAAAUGUCUUGCUGCCUCCGACUCAGCAGCUGACCUCGCGCCCUCUGUGGUAGAGGAGAACAGGCCAUUCUCAUGGGCGUCGGUCACCAGUAAAAACCUUCCUCCCAGUGGGGCAGUCCACGUGUCAGGAAUCCCCCCUCACGUUGUCAAAGUUGCAUCAGCACCACCGAGGGUAGAGGUGAAGGCGGAAGCCCAAGCAUCGACGCAGAGAACACAGAGAGACCAACGACCCCGAGAUCCACGUCCCAGCGGACCCACUCCCUUAAACAGGGGACCCAGACCAGUGCGGGAAGGCGAGCAUUCACCUACUGAGGUCCGUCGUGCGAUCAGAUAUCCAGACAGCCACCAGCUCUUCGUUGGAAACGUCCCUCACGAUGUGGACAAGAUGGAGCUUAAGGAGUUCUUUGAGCAGUACGGUACUGUGCUUGAGUUGAGGAUAAACAGUGGAGGAAAGCUUCCCAACUUUGGAUUUGUGGUCUUCGACGAUUCUGAGCCAGUUCAGAAGAUCUUAAGCAAUAGGCCUAUAAAGUUCAGAGGGGACGUGCGUCUGAAUGUGGAGGAGAAGAAAACUCGCUCGGCACGAGAAGGGGAUCGGCGUGACAUCCGACCCAGGGGUCCGAGUGGCCCGGGGGGGCCACGCGAGAGAAUAGGUGGGCCCAGGGGACCUGCUAACAGAGGGGGAAUGGCACAGAAACCCAGCUUUGGCUCUGGACGUGGGAGUGGGCCCAGCGAAGGGCGUUAUCCGGGGUCACGCCAGUGAAGCCUACCGCGUCACCCCUGCCACUCCUGCUGAAGCCAUGGCGGUUCCUGAUUUGACCUGUUACUCAAGAUGACUUCUCUUCUUGUUGUCUUUCCAUGUCCUGCUUUAGUUUCCUGUCCCAUCCAGAAUUCUAGAAUGUGACUCCCCUCUCUCGGCCUGUCCCCCUCCUACCAAAAAACAACAUGAUCUGGACUUUAUCUUCUCUCCUGUCUACGUUAUUUAUCCUGAACUUGAAGAUGGACAAGCAGCAAAAGGUAAAAAAACGACUUGAAUUGGGGGGAAAACCCCAAGGUUUGGUUCUCACGUUCUCUCCCUGUUUCGUAUUGGAACGUGUUAUUACUGCUUGGGCAAUCCUGUGUAUUGCAGCCUCCAUCUAUAAGGUCAAAUGCAAGUAAGGUUUUAUUUGAAAAAGGCUACUAGCUAUGUUAAAUCAUGAUUGUGAAUGAAUGGUUUUAUUGAGCAUGUAUGAAAUCCUGUAUGCCUUCUAAUGCACUUGAACAGUGUAAGAAGCCAAUCAACUGAUACAAAACAAAAAAUAAACAUGAUAUACUGUU